UCGAGAAGAAUUUCGAAUCCCUACCUUGAACAUACUGCUUCCCAGAUUUAUGGAGAGAGUUCCUCUUGUGCUGGGAGAGCGUUGAGGAAUAUCUUUAUGGUUCAAGCCGCUGACCUGAUAAAAGACCAUGUGAACCUUAGGGGGAUUUGCAGGAGAAGCUGCAUUGGAUCAGAAUUAGUGGACUGGCUUUUAGAACACUGCCCCUUCAUUCGAUGUAGAGCUCUGGCAGUUGGUGUCUGGCAGCUUCUGCUUGACAUGAGAAUUUUAUUAUCAGUGGAUCAGCAACUCUACUUUCAGGACACGUAUGUGUUCUACCAGUUUUCAUCAGAUGAAUGCAGUUACCUGUACUGCGAAUAUGAAAGAGAAGAGGAAUGGCAAAAUGGUGUGAAGCUUCUGCUGCAAUUUGUGCCUCUCAUUCCCUCCAGGGCGAGUAGCUGUGACUUGCCUGAUCAGAAAAUUGAGGACACAGAAGAAACCAGUGAGGAAAUUCUUGUCCGGCUCACCUCUGCGGUGCAGAGGGAGCUGGCUGCUGUUAUUGCUCUGAAAGCAAAAAAGUCAGCAAUUGAUCAAGAUGAAGAAAGCAGAAGCCAAGGAGUGAGAGUGGCAGAAGUUGAAAGCAUCUCUGAUUCGAAGGCAGGGGUGAUGUGCAAGCUACAGGAAAGAGAUGACAUUGGACGGAUCGAACUGGUCCAGAAGCUGGCGAGAGAAAACUGCCACUUUUUGCAGGUGGACAAAAAAGAGCCCGAGAAACCCGAACAAGAUGAUGAAGUGACAACCAUUCAAGUGAAGGAACAAGACCGAGAUGUUCUGGUGCUUAAGAAAGUGUCGUCAUGUAGCCCGGCCCCCACAUCAGGGAGUGCAGAGAAUGAUUGGAGAUACGUCGUGGUGUCCGGAACGCCCGAGAAGAUUUUGGAGCAUCUUCUCAACGAUUUGCACCUGGAAGAAGUCCAGGACAAAGAGACAGAAACCCUCCUUGAUGACUUCCUUCUCACAUACACCGUCUUCAUGACUACGGAUGACUUGUGCCAGGCGCUUUUGAGACACUAUUGUGCUAAGAAGUACCAAGGGAAGGAAGAAAAUGUCGAUGUUCCUUGUAGAAAACGUAAAGUCCUGCAUCUUGUGUCUCAGUGGACUGCUCUGUACAAAGACUGGUUACAUGAAGAUGAACACUCAAAGCUGUUUUUAAAGACCAUUUACAGGAAUGUGCUUGAUGACAUCUAUGAAUAUCCCAUCCUCGAGAAGGAACUGAAAGAAUUUCAGAAGAUUCUUGGAAUGCAUCGUCGACACACUGUAGAUGAAUAUUCACCACAUAGAAAGAAUAAAGCCCUUUUCCACCAAUUCAGUCUCAAGGAGAAUUGGCUCCAGCAUAGAGGAACUGUGAAUGAAACAGAGGAAAUUUUUUGUAGAGUGUAUAUCACCGAACACUCCUAUGUCAGUGUGAAGGCUAAAGUCUCCACUUCAGCUCAGGAAAUACUGAAAAUUGUAGCAGAAAAGAUCCAGCAAGCAGAGGACGAUCUGGCACUGGUGACUGUCUCGUUCACUGGGGAAAAACAAGAACUUCAGCCAAACGACUUGGCCAUCUCAAAAUCAAUGGAGGUCUCUUGUCGGCUAUUUGUUUACCGAAGAGACCUGACCGACACUUUGAACCCGUUCACUGAAAAUGAAGAAUCACAGCAGAGGUCGAUGCGGAUUUUGGGAAUGAACACUUGGGAUCUUGCCUUGGAAUUAAUGAACUUUGAUUGGAGUCUGUUCAAUUCAAUUCACGAGCAAGAACUUAUUUACUUCACCUUCAGCAGACAAGGAAGUAGUGAAAACACUGUGAAUCUCAGCCUUCUGCUUCAGAGGUGCAAUGAAGUUCAGCUCUGGGUUUCCACAGAGAUCCUGCUCUGCAACCAGCUUUGCAAGCGUGUGCAGCUAGUGAAAAAAUUCAUCAAAAUUGCUGCUCACUGCAAAGCCCAAAGAAAUUUGAACUCCUUCUUUGCCAUCGUCAUGGGUCUCAACACUGCUUCUAUCAGCCGAUUGUCACAGACCUGGGAGAAAAUUCCUGGGAAGUUUAAGAAACUUUUCUCUGAACUUGAAAGUUUGACGGAUCCUUCUCUGAAUCACAAAGCCUAUAGAGAUGCAUUCAAAAAGAUGAAGCCUCCAAAAAUUCCUUUCAUGCCUCUACUGCUUAAAGAUGUCACCUUUAUCCAUGAGGGAAAUAAAACAUUUUUGGAUAAUCUUGUCAAUUUUGAAAAGCUGCACAUGAUUGCAGAUACAGUCCGGUUGCUGAGGCACUGCAGGAAUAACCAGUUUGGAGGUGAAGUUCCUUCAAAGGACCACCAAGAGUUGAAAUCCUAUGUCCACCAUCUGCAUAUCAUUGACAACCAGCAAGCACUGUUUGAGCUUUCCCACAGGAUAGAGCCGCGAGCCUAAACCCAUCCCGCUGGAACGAACGUCUGCUCGACCCUCUAUAGCACUUUGAACUCAGUGAAUGCCUUUGCCAAGCGAGUGGCUUUCCUUUAGAAUGGCAAUUUACUGAGUUUUAUCAGUAGCUCACAAAACCACUGAACAAUCGGGCAACCCCCGAAGAGCAACAGGGCCAGCCUUCCGAGCUGAAUAUCGAGCCAUUCCCUUUGCCGUGGGGAAAAGGAGAGUCGAGGAAGGAGCGGUGUUCUUUCAGAUUUCCUUGAGGCAGGAUGAGAUUAAGAGCCACAUAGGGACAAUGCAUUUCCUCCACAGGAGUCCAAAUUGGUCCAGUGCUGUUGUUCGGGAUUUAGAGGCUGUCCAAGUGUCUCUGGGUUCCAUGGCCAAAUGGAAGUGGUGCCACCUUACCCAACUGUCCCAUCUCCCUGCGGUCAGGAGUGGAAACCGCAAAACGUCAACCGGGGUCCAGGGAUGCUUGUGAAGAAUACCAUAUGAUAUUUGGGUACAAAUUCUGAGGUGCCAAACUCUGGUGGGCCAAGGUACCCCCAGGACCCUGGGUGGAUCAAGAGACCCAAUCCGCCCCAAUUUUUGUGACUUCCUCAAUCUCACAAAGACAGCCUCGCCAGUGAAGUUAUUUCCUGCUCAGCUGGCUGGUUCUUUGUGGUGGUAAUUCUCUGCCAGGCGAAUGAUAUCAAAUGGCUUUUCCCAACAGGAAUGCUUGGAUCAUGCCCUUUCCUCCAUCUUCCCUGGCUUCUUCGGAGGCUGGCACGCAGCGUCAUGGAGCGAUGGGAGGCAUCUCGUCUUGUGAGAUGGGUUCACGCCCUGCAAACCCAGAAGGUUGACAUGCUGUGGCCCAGCUCCACAUUUGGCUUACUGGCUGGGCCUGUCUGAUUGGUUAAACUAAAUUACUAAGUUCCCAUUCAUUUCAUUCCCUGUUGCUUUUAGAUGCUGAGCUGUAGUUAGUCCAGGAAUAGGUUGGUGGUAGAGCUAGUUGAAUUUCUACAGGACUGGGUGUUAUGUAGGAAGACUAGUUGCUUUAAUAAAGACUAGGUAGGGGGUCUCUGAGCAUAAGAUGUCCUGAAAUCUAGAGCCGGCCCAUUGGUGAAGUCAACCAUUGCUAAGCAGGUGCUUGUAAUCAUGUUGGACCCCAAACACCCUAACAUUCACCCGUAUUCCCCAGGUCUGAAUCCAAAUUAAGCUUCCAAUGUUGUUUCCCUCUCAUAGCUGGUCCUGGAGCCAUGAGACCCAUGGUUUGGGGCCCAGUGGUUCUGGGUGGCACAAAACCGAACCCAGUUGUGUGCAGACUAAGGGAGCCGAACCGGGGCAGCUGGAGGAGUGUCAGGGCUGACAGCCCAUGUUGUCAUCUCCCAUCAGGCAGGGUCCGGUCAUCUGAGGGAUCCUCGUACCACUCUAGACGGUCAUCAAAGCCGUGUAUUUUGUAAACUACUCUCCAUGGUGUCGACAGACCCAAGCUGUUCAAACCUGAACUCUUUGCUUCAUGAGCUCAUUUUUCACUUUGAAAGAUAAAUGUGUUCCUGGCCACUUCUCUAUUUUCAAGGCAUCUUUUUGUAUAUAUUUAUCAAUUGGCCAGGAAUUAGCCUGACAUCUCACCACCGGAUCAUCGCUCCGUGGGUAUUCCUUCGUGGCACUUCCCAGUCAUGGCCCAGGUUUCACGAAGUUUGUUCUUCCUUUGGUUGGAUUCUUGGGGACUCUCACUUCCAUCCCAGCCUGGUAGUGUGUUGUGUCCCACUGCGGGCUGGGUCCCAGGCUCUGCCUCUGCCCAGCAACAAAAUCCACCAGCCAUCAUCAGCCGCGGCAGGGAAGGGAACCAGUCAACCCAUCGGAAGUAUCAAUCAUAUGUCUAUUAUGUGCAGGAAACUGUGCUGAGAGCUCUCUCCAUGGAGCACUCUGGGUCAUGAGAUAAAAAAUUUGGGAAGCACUUCCUAAACCAGCCUUAAGCCAGGAAUUGGCAUAGCACAGAUCCCUGCUGGCCAAGAAGCAGAUGUUUCAGGAUGUCCUAGACUCUUAACUUGCAGGCGUUCUGGUGAGCACAGUAUUUGGAAUUUGAUCAUCAGUAUCUUAAUCUAGAAAAGAAUGAUCUGGACAGUUGAUUUUAUAAUUUGAACUUGCCUCGCUCCGGGGGGAACAUCUCGCUCCUAUUUGGAAUUGCACAGAGCUGUGACCUUCCCGACAAAGUGCCCUAAAUGCUCUAAUCCAAUACUUCCGUGAGAGGACCGACAAUUGGGAGCAGAAGAGACACCCCCACCCAGGUGAAACUUUGUCCCAGGUGAGGCAAGCAGGACCGAUUCAGGUGCCAAUGUAAUCAGCGUCAGAUGGGAAAGGACCCUUGAGUGGCAAACAUGAAAGUGGGCUCGGUGAUACAUCGGCUGGAGCUCUACUCGGCUAUGAUACUGUAAAUCUCAAACCUCGGUCCGCUUCAGUGGUCCAGCACAAAUAUAUGUGUGUGUAUGUGUGUUUCUUGAGCUCAAUGAAAAUACCAAACAAAAUGAGGAAAAGCAGGGUGCCUCUGCAGUUGUUCGACAUGAGGUUGCUAUAUACAUUUUAGACGCUUCUAUUAUAUGUCCUUAGAAUUUCAGCUCAAUUUUAGAAAAUGGGCAGAUUGUGCUUUUUAACUUCAGUGGCAAAAAAAAAGUGUAAAAAGCCCAAGAUGAAAAUGUCCUGCUGUAUAAAACAAAGCUGUAUAUACUAAACAUUUUUUAGCAGAGUAAUAAUAUUUAUUUGCAUAGCCUAUUUAUUGCAUUUGUAUUACACUGUUAGGAAAUACUGGUAAGGAGUGAGGUAAAUAAACUUGCCUCUUACAUUACUGCUACUUGGCAAUUCUGUAAUCCUGUCAACUUGCAUUAACAAUAAAAUAGUAAACCGCAAAUCAAGAUAUCUACCUAACUUCUCAGGGACUACAUUGAGUAGUUAUCCACCAUCAUAAGAACUGGUAUGUAUGAAACAGCCUGUUGAUGUACCAGAAACACAGUUAACAGUGUUUUCUUUCUAAGACUUCUUGCUUAUCUGCCUCUGUAAAUAUGAUUGUGUUGUGUAUUUAUGAGCGCUAGGCAAGCAAUAAUUUAUAUGUAAAAAUGGCCAAGCAAUACAUGGUUAAAACUUGUACAAGUAACUGUUACUCUUAUCCUGUAUUUUCAGUUGGGUUUUUUUAACUGCUUUUCAGAAUAAGACUAUGUUAAAGACA